UGGCACGCCCAGAUCAAAUUCAUUUGAGAAGUAAGAGAAAAAAAUUUUGUACAAUCAACAUGGCUACAGUCCUAAAUCUAUUGGAUCUGACGAACGACAUCUCUGAGAAUGCUCACCGAAAUGCUGAAAAUAAGAAGAAAAUUAAGACGUCUGUGAAUUCAUUAAUUCUCAUAAAUACUAAUACGCUUAAAUCAGGUGCGGAUAUUACUUUUGAAAUUAUCGUAAACAUGGAUCCAAAAAUUGUGUGCAGUUUUUACGUAUCUGUUCGUCAGACAUGUUACGUUAGUAUUACCGUCACAUUUAAGCCAAAUGUGCCAGAUACUUUUAAAUAUGAAUUAAGUUUAUAUCACAUAAACUCAACAAUGACACUUAACUUCCUAGAAGUUUUACACCUAGAGAAUAUUACGGAAAAAUCAACUUUUAAUUGUAUGCAGCCGCUACAAAUAUUCACUAGUACUUGGUAUGGCAACUCAAAUCGAAUAGAUUUGUUCUCAGAAAACCUGAUUAACAUGCAUUUGUGCGUAUAUUGUCGGAUUACAAGAAAAGAUAUUAUAAUACCCUUAGAAGUGGAAAUCCCCCCGAGUGAAAUGGGUCAACAGUUUUACUCACUCUACGAAAACAAAACGCUUACCGAUUUCAAGAUUAUUUCUAGAGAUAAUCAAGUAUUCCUUGCACAUAAAGUUGUACUUGCGGCUAGAUCGCCCGUUUUUAAUGAAUUCCAAGAAUCUCAGAAAAACGAAGUCGAAAUAAAUGACUUUCGGUCAGAUAUUGUAGAACUAAUGCUGCGUCACAUUUACACCGACAGCAUCGAGAAUUUAAACGAAGAAAAUGUAGAAGCGGUGCUUGCGAUAGCAGAUAAAUACGGUUUAAAGAAUCUGAAAUUACUUUGUAUGCAACAAAUAAGUAAAUGUGUAAAUAAUAUUGCUAAAGCACUAGAUUCUUUUUCAAUUGCUGAAAAUUAUAAUGUUACAGAAUUUAAAGAAAUGGCCGUAGAAUUUAUAAAAAAUAACCGACUUAAUCUUUAAGGCUGUAACUUCUGGGGAAAUAAGCAUAUGUUAACCUUUUUACAUUUUUUGUAUACAUAUAAAUUAUAAAGGAUACCUUUUCACAA